ACUUCCGGCUGCGGCUGCUUCCGCUUCCGGGUUGCUGCUGGGGUCGGGCCGGUGCCGGCCUCGGCCCCGCGCAAGAUGGCGGACCUAGAGGCUGUGCUGGCCGACGUGAGCUACCUGAUGGCCAUGGAGAAGAGCCGGGCCGCGCCCGCCGCCCGCGCCAGCAAACGGAUCCUGCUGCCCGAGCCCAGCAUCCGUAGCGUCAUGCAGAAGUAUCUGGAGGACCGGGGCGAGGUGACGUUUGACAAGAUCUUUGCGCAGAAGAUCGGGUACCUGCUGUUCCGGGACUUCGCCCUCAACCAGGCGGAGGAGGCCAAGCCCCUGAUGGAGUUCUACGAAGAGAUCAAGAAGUACGAGAAGCUGGACUCGGAGGAGGAGCGAGCCACCCGGAGCCGCCACAUCUUCGACCAUUACAUCAUGAAGGAGCUGCUGGCCUGCUCCCACCCAUUCUCCAAGAGUGCCACGGAGCACGUGCAGAGCCGCCUGAGCAAGAAGCAGGUGCCCCCAGACCUCUUCCAGCCCUACAUCGAGGAGAUCUGCCAGAACCUGCGUGGGGGCAUCUUCCAGAAAUUCAUUGAGAGCGACAAGUUCACGCGGUUCUGCCAGUGGAAGAACGUGGAACUGAACAUCCAUCUCACCAUGAAUGACUUCAGCGUUCAUCGCAUCAUCGGCCGCGGUGGCUUUGGAGAGGUCUACGGCUGCCGGAAAGCGGACACGGGCAAAAUGUAUGCCAUGAAGUGUUUGGACAAGAAGCGCAUCAAGAUGAAGCAGGGUGAGACGCUGGCCCUCAACGAGCGCAUCAUGUUGUCCCUUGUCAGCACUGGGGACUGCCCGUUCAUCGUGUGCAUGUCGUACGCCUUCCACACGCCUGACAAGCUCAGCUUCAUCCUUGACCUAAUGAACGGGGGGGACCUGCACUAUCACCUGUCCCAGCACGGCGUCUUCUCGGAGGCGGAGAUGCGCUUCUACGCAGCAGAGAUCAUCCUGGGCCUGGAGCACAUGCACAGCCGCUUCGUGGUGUACCGUGACCUCAAGCCAGCAAACAUCCUCCUGGAUGAGUUCGGACACGUCCGCAUCUCAGACCUGGGCCUGGCCUGUGACUUCUCCAAGAAGAAACCCCACGCCAGCGUGGGCACCCACGGCUACAUGGCCCCGGAGGUGCUGCAAAAGGGGGUAGCCUACGACAGCAGCGCCGACUGGUUUUCGCUGGGCUGCAUGCUCUUCAAGCUGCUCCGCGGGCACAGCCCUUUCCGGCAGCACAAGACGAAGGACAAGCACGAGAUCGAUCGCAUGACCCUCACCAUGGCUGUCGAGCUGCCCGACUCCUUCUCCCCUGAGUUGCGCUCGCUGCUCGAGGGGCUGCUUCAGCGUGACGUCAACCAGCGGCUGGGCUGCAUGGGGCGGGGCGCUCAGGAGGUGAAGGAGGAGCCCUUCUUCAAAGGCCUGGACUGGCAGAUGGUGUUCCUGCAGAAGUACCCCCCGCCUCUCAUCCCGCCCCGAGGCGAGGUGAACGCGGCCGACGCCUUUGACAUCGGCUCCUUCGACGAGGAGGACACGAAGGGCAUCAAGCUGCUGGAAAGCGACCAGGAGCUGUACCGCAACUUCCCGCUCACCAUCUCGGAGCGGUGGCAGCAGGAGGUGACCGAGACCGUCUUCGACACCGUCAACGCGGACACGGACAAGCAGGAGGCUCGCAAGAAAGCCAAGAACAAGCAGCUGGGCCACGAGGAGGACUACGCCAUGGGCAAGGACUGCAUCGUGCACGGGUACAUGUCCAAGCUGGGCAACCCCUUUCUGACACAGUGGCAGCGCCGCUACUUCUACCUCUUCCCCAACCGGCUGGAGUGGCGUGGGGAGGGCGAGUCGCCGCAGUCCCUGCUCACCAUGGAGGAGAUUGACUCCGUGGAGGAGACUCAGGUGAAGGAGCGCAAGUGCAUCCUGCUCCGCAUCCGUGGCGGCAAGCAGUUCGUGCUGCAGUGCGAU